AUGGCGGAAGCUGUCAUUGGUAGCAUUGCCGCAAAGAUCGUUGCUGUACUGGGUCCUCAAGCAAUAGAAACAGUUGGAAAGUUAUGGGGCAUCAAGGAUGAACUCGAGGUGCUUCGGGACACUGUCUCCAUGCUUCAGCCCGUACUGGACCAUGCAGAAGAACAAUACCACAAGAUUUCCCAAAUCCAAGUUUGGGUUGAGAAACUAAAAGACGCUUUCUAUGACGCGCAGGACCUGCUUGAAGAAUUCAAUAUAGAAGCUAUGCGAAGAGAACUGAGGGGUCACAAUGAAAAGAUGAAGGAGGUAAGGACAUUUUUCUCAAGUUCAAACCAGCUUGCUUUUAAAUUGAAGAUGAGCGGCAAAGUAAGAGCGGCAAGAGAGAGAAUACAAGCCAUUAAGACUGAAAAGGAAUUCCACUUGGAUCAGCGCCUAGUGGAUUCGGAAGCGGAGAGAGAGCGGAGGAAGAGAAAAGAGACGCAUUCAUUUAUACCUAAGGGAGAUGUUAUAGGGAGAGAUGAUGAUAAGAAGGCGGUUAUGAAAUUUUUACAAGAUUCAAAUGUGAAAGAGCACGUUUCCAUCCUUCCAAUAGUUGGUAUUGGUGGGCUUGGAAAAACGGCUCUUGCUAAAUAUGUGUAUGAAGAUAGUCAAUUUGACUUGAAAAUGUGGGUUUGUGUCUCUACCGACUUUAAUGAGACAAAAAUAGUGAAAGACAUGAUAGCUUGUGCAAAGAAGGAAGAAUCAACCGAGGUUGCGAUGGAAUUGUUGCAAAGCAAACUUAGGGCAGAAAUUGAUGGAAAGAAAUAUCUCUUAGUUUUAGAUGAUGUGUGGCAUAUAGAACAAGAAACAUGGUUGAGCUUGAAAACUUUAUUGGGGGGAGGUGCUAGAGGAAGCAAGAUCCUUAUAACGACACGCAUUCCUUUGGUUGCGGAGAUCACCGGCACUACUCCGCCUCAUUUUCUCGGGGGCUUAUCUGAAAGUGCGUCUCUUGAAUUAUUAAUGCAAAUGGCUGGUCGAAAAAUAGAGGAGAUACAAAAUUCUGACAUGCUAGCCGUUGGCAAAGAGAUAAUUAAAAAGUGCUCCGGGGUUCCAUUAGUUGUUCGAAUUGUUGGGAGUUUACUAUUCCUUAAAAAAAGUGUACUUGAAUGGUCACAAUUCAAAGAUAAUGAGCUCCCAAGUGUGUUUCAAAGGGAAGAUAGCAUAAAAUCAGUUCUUCAGCUUAGUUAUGACCAUCUUCCUUCACAUUUGAAACAAUGUUUCGCAUUCUGUUCAUUGUUUCCCAAAGAUUAUGAGUUAAAGAAGCAGACUUUAGUCAAUCUUUGGCUGGCAGAAGGAUUUAUUCGGGAAUCAAAUACAAGUCAGCAUUUAGAAGACAUUGCUCAUGGAUAUUUCAUGGAUCUACUAUGGAGUAACUUCUUUCAAGAUUAUCGGGAAGAGAAGGGGACUUGCAAGAUGCAUGAUUUGAUGCAUGAUCUAGCCUGCUUAGUUGCAGGGACCGAGUGUUGGGCGGCAUGGGAUGACAAAAAAUCCAUAUCCAAAAGAACUCAUCACAUAUCAUAUGGUUCAACUUUCAAUUUGAAGGGUGAACUUCAAAUCACACGCGUGCAAGCAAGUGCACUGAGAACAUUUAUGCGUGUUGCUAGUGAUAGGAAAAUGGAACCAACGAGUGAAGUAGAUCUACAACUCAUUCAAAGUUUCAAGAGGUUGCGUGUCUUGAAUCUGCAUACCACAUAUGUCGGGACAGUGUUAAAGUCCAUUUGUAAGUUGAAGUAUCUUACGUAUCUCGAUCUCUCUCACAAUGAAGCACUCAAAAGGCUUCCUAACUCCAUUACAAAAUUGCAGAAUUUGCAAACACUAAAUCUCUGCGGUUGUAGUGCCCUUGAAGAAUUGCCAAGGGGUAUAAGGAAGUUAGUCAGCCUUCGAAAUCUAGACAUAGAUGGUUGUUGGGAACUUAGUUAUGUGCCACGCGGACUAGGGCAAUUGAGUUCUCUGCAUAGGCUAACACGCUUCAUUUUGCCCAAAGAUAAAGCUCUUGCUAAGGAUUGUUGUGAACUUGGGGAGCUAAAUGGGCUUAAUGACAUUCGGGGAAGCCUUAGAAUUGAGAAUUUGGGAAGUGUGACAGAUGCCGAAGCAGAAUCCAAGGCUGCGAACUUGACAGGGAAGCAUUUUCUGGAAUCUUUGGCACUUGAAUGGGGUUAUUUCAAUACCGAUGAUGUCGCAAAUAGAGAUGAAGCUCUAUUAGGUGGACUGAAGCCGCACUCAAGUCUGCAGAAGUUGACGAUCAAUAGAUAUAACGGUGAGAGCUUUUCAAGGUGGAGCCUCGUGUCUUCCUUGCCCAAUUUAGUUAAGUUACGCUUCUAUGAUUGCAGAAGAUGUAAACAUCUCCCUCCAUUAGGCCAACUACAUCACCUCAAGACUUUAGAGAUUCGGAAUAUGACUAAAUUGGAAUACAUCAUGUCAGACCAUUCAUCCACUUCAACAGAAUCAUUUCCUAAUCUAUCUGUAUUGGAGAUCUCUAGCUGUAUGAAAUUGAAAGCCAUGCCACCAACUCCGCAUCUUGAGGAGUUAACGCUGACUAGGGCCCACCCAGCGUUAAUAAAUAUGAUAUAUGGCCUUAAUAAGUUGAAGCAUCUGCAAAUCUGGUAUAUGGAGUCUCUAGAAUGUGUGUCCGAAGAGUGCUGGAAAAGUCUCACCUCACUCGAAUCUCUUCGCAUUUGGGUUUGUCCUAGGUUAACUUCCCUCUCAAAAGCACCACCACCAUCACUGGGUACGCGACGUCAAUCCAACCUGGUGGAUCUCGAUUCUUCGGAUUCCCAUGGAGGACUCCAGAAUCUCCGCUCCGUGAGUCUCUGGAUACUUCCAAAACUAGCAUAUCUCCCACAGUGGCUUCUCCAGCUCAGCAAUCUCGAGCGUCUCUAUAUUCGGGAUUGUGAGGAGCUGGAUUUAUUAUGCAAAGACGAAAGCGGCAACAACAACAACCUCAUCUUGGAUUUCCAUGGAGGACUUCAGAGUCUCCGCUUCGUGGAAAUCAUUGGACUUCCAAAACUAGCAUCUCUCCCACAGUGGCUUCUACAGGCCAGCAAUCUCGAGGAUCUCAUAAUUGAGGGUUGCUCCAAUUUGAAGGCAUUACCAGAGCAGAUCGAGGCCCUUCAAUCACUUCAACGGCUUGUCAUCCUCGAUUGCCCCUCGUUGACGUCAUUACCCGAAGGAAUGCGAAGGCUUGCGUCCCUUACUCACCUGAGAAUUAGAGAUUGCCCAGAAUUGGAGAGGAGGUGCAAGAGAGAUGGAGGCGAGGACUGGGACAAGAUCGCUCAUAUCCCCGACAUACAACUUCUACGGGUGGUAGAUGAAGCCCUAAUUUUUCUUUAA